AUUAAAACAGACGGUGAUGUAAAAUUCCUUCUUUUGUGGCAGCAUCGCAGUGCAAAGACAUAAAAUUGCUAUAAAUUAUUACAGUAAGUACACAGUGGAAAGUAAAAAGAGUAACAAGGAGUGUUCAUGGUUCAUGGACCAUUCAAAAAUCUGAUGGUGGAUGGGAAGAAGUUGUUCUUAAAAUGUGCGUGUGUGUCUUAAGGCUCCUGUGCCUCCUCGCCGAAUGUAGUAAUGAGAAGAGGGCGUGUCCUGGAUGGUGAGAGUCCUUAAUGAUGUAGUUAAUGCUGUCCUUCUGGGGCAGUGGCUUUUGAAGAUGUCUUCAGUGGUGGGGAGGGUUGUGCUAGUGAUGGAUCUGUGUGAGCCUACAACCACCUGCAACUGUUGUGUAUUUAAUGUUUCAGUAAUAUUAUAAGUAUAUUGUUUAAGUAUUUUUGUUGUUUACAUAAUUCAUUACAGGUCAUAUGUAAAAGUACUUGAAUGGCAUACGUUAUUAUGUCACCAUGUCAUUUGUGCACACCUCACUAAAGUAAAGAACAAAGUUUAUUUCUGGGCUCCCCAUGCUGUUCCUUCAAUUAGUUUUGGAGUUAGAAAACAUAACAGUGGCAUUGAGAAAGUUUAAGUGAGCCCAGGAUGACUACCUCCCUCUGAAGCACAGCAAGAUGUCUGAAUUUUGAAAAAGGGCAGAAAAUGGAUGAAAUUCAUAAAUGAAAUUUGUAAACUGUGAGUACUGGAUGAUAAUAAUCAUAAUGUCUUUAAAAAAAAGCAGAAAUGGCUGGCUACAUCGAAAGACAGAUGCAUUUGAUUACACAACAGAUAACUGGGAGAUGUAUACUGAGUGAAUUGAGCAGUAUUUUGAAGAAAAUGAAGUAGCCAGGAUCUGUGGUGAGUUUAAGGUCAGUAGUGAAAGUAAAUCAAUAAUUUCUGCCCAGGAUAACAACACUUAGUCAAUGACAAGGAACCACAGAUAGUUGCGCAACAGUUUCUGUCAUUCCAGAAAAUGACUAGAAUAGAAUAUAUUACAUCUGUACUGCUCACUGGAUGUUUUUUUUUGUUUUUCACACAAUUCUCUGUAAACUUUAGAAUCUAUUAUGUGUGACGAUACCAGGAGAUCAGCAGUUUCUAAGAUACUCAGAUCACCCCGUCUGGCACCAACAAUUAUUCCAUGGUCAAAAUCACUCAGAUCACAUUUCUUCCCAAUUUUGAUGUUUGGUCCGAACAACAACUGAACCUCUUGACUAUUUCUGAAUGCCUUUAUGCAUUGAGUUGCUGCCACAUGAGUGUCUGAUUAGAUGUCUGCAUUAAUGAGCAGGUGUACAGGUGUACCUAAUAAAGUGGCCACUGGGUGUAUUUAUCUAAUAGCAUUGAAACAUACUGUGAAAAGCAUUGUUUGCAUCAACAACCAAUGCACCCAAGGAUGCGCUGGGGCAGCCUGUACGUGUCGCUGCACAGUCCCGUGACAACAUAGCAUGCCCACAGUGUUCAGCAGAAAAACACAGGACACAGUAAGCUGCCAUGCACAGUCCUUCAACGCUGGAACAGACCCUUCUCGGCCUUCAGUCUCCAGUGGACAAGAACUCGCUUACACUGGGCCUUUGACUUCCUAAGCAGACUCGAGCUCCGCCAUCAGGCCUUGACAUCUGAUCGACCCUCGGCCUUCGACUGUCAGUGUCGGCCUUGGACUCACCAGUAACCAUGAAUGAGGACCCUGAAUACUGGUGUCCUCGAGCUCUGGACUCACUGAUGACGGGACCCCGAACUCUAGGCCUCAGUCUCCGGUCUCGCGUCUGAUACUGGCUACAUUGACCACCACAGCAGCUCGCUGGAGUCCUCUGUCCUGGGCCAGUCCCUCUUCCUGAUGUCAUCUAGGUGGAGAUCCUUCCUUCCUCUCCCAGGGAUGAAGUCUUUGCAGCUUCUGGCAGUGUUUCUGUAGCUCUGGGUUCUUUUUACGGGAUAGUGUUUCCCCGUCCAUUUCCCACACUCUGUACACCCUAACCGAGAAACUUAGUCCCAUUUUCAUUUGAACCUUCCGUCCAAGCUAACACCUUUAUCCCCACUAUCUAGACUUCAUUCUGGAGUGCGAUGGAAAGCGUCCUAUGCAGGUGCAUAAUGGGUUGUCCGGCAGCCGCUCUGCCCGUGACCACAGAAGCAGAGAGUUGUGGUCACAGCUCAGCGCAUCAUGGAGAUCAGCCUCUCCUCCAUGGGCUCCGUCUACACAGUCUCUCCAGGGAAGGAAAUUAAGAGGUGACUCGGUAAAAGUGUACAAGAGUGGACGAUCAGAUACUUUUCCCUGUCCCUUCCUUUCCAGUCGUGAUGAAGGGUUUCAGCCCGAAACAUUGACUGUUCAGUCAUCUUAGUGGACGCUGCCUGACUUGCUGAGUUCCUCCAGCAUUUUAUGCGUUGCUCAGAGAUUUCCAGCGUCUGCAGAAUCUCUUGCGCUUAUAGUGACUGUUCACCAGUUAUGCACUUUCUCUGUAGUCUUGACACAUCAUUCUGCCUCCUGUUACUGUUCUACCUCGAUGCCCCGUGUGAUGAUUUGAUUUGCAUGAGCAGUGUGCGAGACAAACUUUUCACGGCAUAACAGAAUUGCGAUUUCAGAUAGGAGAGUGGCGGAGGCUGUUAGAUAGCCGCAUGAACGUGCAGGGAAUGGAGAUCAGGAGGCAGAGGGGAUGAGUUUAAUUUUAAUGCAUGGUAAUUCCUACGCCGUGCAGUUCUGGUGGAGCAGGACAAAGUGCUCGCAAACUCGCAGGUGUCAAAUAUCACCAUCCCUCCAGGGUCCCGGAGCAGAGCGGAGGGUGGGGGUGGUGGAAGGAUGAAGGGGAUGGACUUUGGGGAGAUUUUAGGAAGGUCCUGGAAUCACGUGUCCUUCGCAUUUUUUCCCCCUCCGCUAUUCGACCGCUCCGCCUGGUCUUUGUUUGCUCGGGUUAUCCGCGGGAGUGUGUGCAGCGUGCGAGGGAGAAGCCCGCAUCGCGUCUCCGGGACCCCGCUCCGACCACGCCGUGUUUCCCCUCUCGAAGAUCUGAGAUACCAGGAUGAGCUGGGCUUUCCUGACCCGGUUCCUCGAGGAAAUCAACAAUCAUUCCACCUUCGUGGGCAAGGUCUGGCUGACAGUUCUGGUGGUCUUUCGCAUCGUCCUGACGGCUGUGGGCGGAGAGGCCAUCUACCAUGAUGAACAGAGCAAGUUCACGUGCAACACCCUGCAGCCAGGCUGCGAGAAUGUCUGCUAUGACUCGUUCGCCCCGCUGUCUCACGUCCGGUUCUGGGUCUUCCAGAUCAUCCUGAUCUCUGUGCCUUCUGUUAUCUACCUGGGCUUCGCUAUGCACCGCAUCGCCCGGAUAGAGGGCAGGAGGCAGCCCAGGAAGAAGAUGCCCAUGGUGCACCGGGGCGUCGCCCGGGGCUACGAGGAGGAUGAUGGCGACAAUGAGGAAGACCCCAUGGUCUCCGAGGAGAUCGAGCCCGAGUCACUACCCAAGCCGGAUGAGAAGAACCCCGAUAAGAGGCCGCACGACGGGAGGAGGCGCAUUAAGGAGGACGGCCUGAUGAAAGUCUACGUGUUCCACCUUCUGAUGAGGACGCUGUUCGAGGUGGGGUUCCUGGUGGGUCAGUACUUCCUCUAUGGGCUACGGGUCCUGCCCGGUUUUGUCUGCAGCAAAUCGCCCUGCCCAUACACCGUCGACUGCUUUGUCUCCCGCCCCACUGAGAAGACCAUCUUCCUGCUGGUCAUGUACGUGGUGAGCGGGCUCUGCCUUUUCCUCAAUAUUCUCGAGCUGGCCCACCUGGGCUGCGGUGGGAUCCGGGACGGGCUGAGGGGCCGCCGGCUGGCCAAGUGCCGCGGCUUUGCCCCGCCGGGCUACCACGCCGUGUUGCGCAAGGACCAGACCAAGAUGAGCAAUGGCGGCAUGUCCUACAGGGGCGCGGUGGGCAACCUAGAGCCGGCAAGCUUGGAGAUGACUGACAUGGUUCACCGACACCUCAGGAUGGCCCAGGAUCAGCUGAACAUGGCAUACCGAGCUUAUGGGGAUGUCCCAGAUCACCACAGAAGUGGCAGCCCUGAGUCCAACGGAACUGCCGUUGAACAGAACCGCCUCAACUUCGCUCAGGAGAAAGAAGGCACGUGCUCCGAGAAGACAGGUUUGAGAGGCUGAUUCUGAGGGAACCGGCUCUUCGACUAAGCAUCGGAGGGAGUCCGAACGCUCGAAGUAAAUGCGAAAGGGACAUCAACUGGAAAAAAAAACUAGUGUUUCAUCUUGACCUCCUUGGCACUAAGGACACUAAUUUUUAACUGAAACCUCUGGAUACAGCUGGAAUAGUGGGUGGGUGGGAGUGCUGUGGGCAUUUGGAAGGGCGUGACUACACAGUGAAAACCGGUGGUGCCAGUUUGCUUGUACUAUUAGGGUGCCUUUCUGUAACAUUCCAUGCACAGCACAGUUGGGUACAGUGACACCUCUGGGAGCACUGAGCCAGCAUUCCACUGUCCGAGGUGGAAUACCUGUCUUCCUUAAAGUGUUGAGAGGCAGUGACACCUCCAGGCCACAGCCAUCCUUACCUUGACCCUUUGUGGGCAAUUGCCAAUAGAACAAAAUACUUCUUAAUUCUAUUUUUUUUUCUUGCAGAUCUUAAUAAGAAACCCCAGUAUAGUUUUGGGCUUUUGAUUGCCAAUUGAUUUAUUUUUUUUUAAAUUCCAGUUGUUUACAGCUGUAGAACAUUCCAGAAUUUUGGGUGUUGGAGGAAGAGCAGUGAUCAAAUGAAUCUCCUUUUUUUUUGGUUUGUAUUUUAAUGAACUUGGUACUGAUUUUGUUGUAGGUCGCUGGGUGAGAUUUCCUGUUUCAUUCUGCACAAUUCCAUGACAUAUAGUUCAGGCCACGGUUCCAGAAUUAACAACUCCUGGAAUUCCACUCCCUUCCUCCUCGGCUCUUCACUUUGCCCCUCGACCCAAAAUAAAAAUCUCUGCAGAAUCAUUCAUUCAUCUCAUGCAUGGUGGCACAGCAGGGAGUGCCUCUCUGGCGACUCCAGGGUUCUUCGGUUGGUAGGCAGAUGGGUAUUCCCUUGCAUUCCUUGAAUUUUCACUCAGCUUGUUGCCCAGAGGACUACAUGCAGAGCAGCUGACUGGGAAGGUUUGCAUCGGCCAGUAACUCGAGCCUUUACGAAUAAGGUCUAACCUGUAGAUUGUUUUUCCCACCCACCUGUCCACCUUUGUAAGGUGUAUGAACCAAAGAUCAGUUUGCAGUUUACUUUUUUAUAUAUAUUUUAGGUAAAAAUGCGUAGGUUCUUAAUCCACUAUGUUCUAGUAGUCUUAGAUUCGGGAAGGGUUUUCCUUUGGGAUUUUAGUGUCUUUCUGACUGGGUUCUAUGUAGUUUACAUGUUUUGAGUGUUUAAGUCCGGUACAUCUCACCAUGAGGCUCACUUUGUGCUUCCUUUCAUUUCAAGGACACUUGUUCAGGUUCCUGCUGAACCUGUAGACUCCUUCCUCGGCCACUACGCUCGAUCUCAUGUGUGAUCUGUUGUGCUUUUUAUAUAGAGAGAAAUAAAAAGAGAUGCUGACUAACUUAUGCUGUCGAAUUCUGUAUGGCCAGCUACACUGAUUUUCCAACAUUACCUUGUGUUGGAUGGAGCGGGCAGAACAUAGAGCAGUGGUGCCCAACCACUGGGCCGCCAAGCAUGUGCUACCGGGCCAUGAGGAAAUGAUAUGAUUUGGCGAUAUGAAACGAUAUGAGUCAGCUGCACUUUUUCUCGUUCCCUGUCACGCCCACCGUUGAACUUGAAUGCACACGAAGUUAUGACCUAUGCGAGGUCAUCCGUCGCCUAAACGCAGUGAUACCCUCGCGCCAGGGAUCACUGGUUGGCCUCGGGUAACUGGCCACCUCGUGCAGCCAGUGAGAAGUGCCGUUGCUACUGGCCUGGAGCGCGGACAGAUGGGUGCCGUCUCUAAACAUGUUUAGCACACUGAAUGUUCGUGGGGAACCCGGUGCUAAAAUAUUGGCAGACGACCUAAUUCGGGCUCAGGGUUUUGUAAGUAGCAGAGCAGCUACCUCGCUGCGAUCUACUGAAAGUCAUCCCUCGAGCCAAACUCUUGUCGGCUGAUAGAUCAUACCUACCUACGGGGGGGGGCGGGCACACGCCCUGUCGCACUCCUCGGUCUCUCCGGAUGGCAACCCCCGCGGCCCCGACACGGGGACCUCCGGCCCUCACCUUGUCCUCUCACCCCACCCAUGACCAGCCGCACCUGGCCAAGGCGUUUGGCGGUGGGCGGGUGGGAGGCUGGAGGAGUCCGGGCCCAGAGGCUGUCUAGUGAGGCAAUGAAGCCUUCAAAAGUGCUCCGGCAACUUAAGUCCAAGCACCCUGCACUUAAAGACAAAUACCUUGAGUUUUUUGAGCGGAAAAAACGUGAGCAAGCGGGACAGAAGCAAGUGCUGAGAGCCACGAAAACUAAAUUGCGGAAUAGACUGGACAUAAGGAACCCCCUUCGAGUAUCGCUGUCUCCCAUCACCCCUCGAUGGGACCGUCUUGUUGCAGGGAAACAAGCCCAGGGCCCCCACUGAUUUAGCAAUAUUGGUGUGUUGCAAUGAUUUUAUAUGUUCAUAGGGGGAAAAUAAGUGCUGUGUGCUUAAUAUCCAAAUGUUACUUAAAAUGUUAUGGUGCUAUUGACUUAUCACUAUAUUCAUGCGAGGAAA